AUGGAGCUCAAAGGAAAAGGUUAUUCUAAAGGUUAUUCUUCGGGAUCAGCCACUCCUCUUUCUAGUGAAUCAGAGGAAGACACGGAGAAAACCAAUGAUAAUCAAAAAAUGGAAGACAUCAUAUUUGCGCUACGUACUAAAAUACGAUUAGAUGCUCAAAAAUUUCAAGAAGAAAAUGAACAAAUUCGUCAUGAGGCAAGCCGAAAAAUAAAAGAGUUGAAAGAAUCUUUACAAGAUAGGGAGGAUGAAAUAACAGAAAUCCAGAAAAAACACAAAAGAGAAAUUCGCGAAAAAAUCAAGCAAAUUGAAGAGCUCGAAAAUAACAUUAAAAAAGCCGAAGAAGGUAUAUCUGUUCUUCAGGAAACCAACAAAGAACUUUUGAAGAAUAAAACUGAACAAUCUGAGGAAAGGAAAAAAGGAAUGACGGAGGUGGCAAAGCUUAAGAAAGAGUUGAGUGAUGUUUAUCAAAGCCUUGAACAAAUGAAGAAAGAAAUGAAUGACAUGCAGAGCUCAGCAGAAAUAUCAAAAAAUGACCUGGAGGAAUCUAAACUAAAGGAAAGAACCAGUGAUAGCAGAAUGGAAAUGUUGGAAGCUGAUUUAUUGAAAGCAAAUUCUGAAAUCAACAGACUGAUUCAGUCACAUUCUAAAGAAAUACAAAAAGUUCGUGAACAAUAUAAGAAAAUAAAGUCACAAAAUGAUGGUCUCAAAAGCGACAUGAGCCAGCUACUGGCAGAAAUGAAAGAAAUGCGCAAAGAAGUGAAAGAAGUCAAGGAAUUUAAGAUGCCACAGGGAAAUAAAAAGUGACAAUGA